UGCGAUUGGGACUUUUGCUUUUCUCUCUGGUCUAGGGUUUUCCUCUCUGUAGAUAGGAUUUUAGUCGCACAUAUAUUUCUCUGGAUCUUCGUCUCCGAAGCGAUCUCUAGUUCAAUCGCCCCAAAUCUUCUCUCGAUCUCGCAAUCUCAGGUAAUCUUUCUUGGGAGAAUCCAAUUUUCGAACCCUAGGAUUGGCUGGCAGUCGGUGGAUCCAGAAGUUUGACGAUGGCUCCAGUGAUGAAGACCAUCAGAGCGCGUGAACAGGUCGAUUCGACGUUCACAUCGAACAAUCUGUGGGUCGGUAGCUUAUCGACAGAUACAACGGAAUCCGAUCUUGCCGAGUUGUUCGGGAGAUUCGGAGACCUCGACAGGAUCACGGCGUAUUCUUCUCGAAGCUUCGCUUUCAUCUACUUCAGGCGCGUGGAGGAUGCGGUGGCGGCGAAGGAGACUCUUCAGGGGACAAACUUGAACGGCAGCCAGAUUAAGAUCGAAUACGCGCGACCGGCAAAACCUUGUAAGAGUCUUUGGGUGGGUGGAAUCAACCCGGCUGUCUCCAAAGAUGACCUGGAGAUGGAGUUCAUGAAAUUUGGGAAGAUCGAGGAUUUUAGAUUUCUUAGGGAGCGAAGGACGGCUUUCAUCGAUUUCUUUGAGUUGGAAGAUGCAGUGGAGGCCGCAAAGAGCAUGAAUGGCAAACGAAUAGGCGGUAGCUAUUUACGAGUUGAUUUCCUCCGUUCACAAGCGCCACGUAGAGAACAAUGGUCUGGCUCUUAUGAUAGCAGGGAUGGCAGCUUGAACGCUAAACAGACGUAUCCUCAUUCUUUUGGAGAUGCCAAAGGAGAUGGCCAACCAAGUAAUGUCCUGUGGAUUGGUUACCCUCCUUCUGUUCAGAUAGAUGAACAAAUGCUCCACAAUGCCAUGAUACUUUUUGGUGAGAUCGAGAGAAUUAAAAGUUUCCCCUCAAGGCAUUUUUCGCUUGUGGAAUUUAGGAGUGCAGAGGAAGCUCGUCAUGCUAAGGAAGGACUGCAGGGAAGAUUAUUUAAUGAUCCAAGAAUCACAAUUACAUACUCAAACAGUGACCUUCCUCCUGGGCAAGAUGAUACUGGAUUUUAUUCUGGGGUCAAACGAUCAAGGCCAGAGAUGUUUGUCAAUGACCCAUCGUUUGUAUCUUCGUCAAUGGAUUAUGGUCGUGGCUCUAGCGGAAUUCUUGGGCCUAUGAGACCCUUGCGAGGUAGCAUGGAGCGUCGUCCUCAAGCUGGUGCAGAAUACAUUGAUGUGGUCGGUAAGGAGGCUAGAUGGAGAAGGCCAUCUCCUCCUGGAGCUGGAAUACUCCCAUCUCCUGCUCAAGGUAUGAGGCCAACCCCUGGUUCUUGGGAAGGAUAUGAUCCUGCUCAGUUGGAUAGAGAAACAAAACGGACCCGGAGAGACGGCUCAGUGGACACAUUUCCUCCGGUGGGAUUAGACCAUCGUGUAACAGGUGUGGACAGGUCAUAUGGGUCUGAUCCAGUUUCUGCAAGACCAGGUCAAGGUUUUCCCAAUUCUGACUACAUUUGGAGGGGAAUUAUUGCUAAGGGUGGAACCCCUGUUUGUCAAGCUCGUUGUGUACCUAUCGGGAAAGGGAUUGAGACUGAACUCCCUGAGGUCAUCAAUUGUUCAGCAAGAACUGGGUUGGAUAUGCUCGCCAAACAUUACGCUGAGGCCAUUGGGUUUGACAUCGUUUUCUUCUUACCGGACAGCGAAGACGAUUUUGCUUCUUACACUGAAUUUUUGCGCUACCUUGGUUCGAAGAAUCGAGCUGGUGUUGCCAAGUUAGAUGAUGGAACCACUUUAUUCCUAGUACCUCCAUCAGAUUUCUUGACAACUGUACUCAAAGUUUCAGGUCCAGAGAGGCUUUAUGGUGUAGUUCUCAAAUUGCCUCCACCACCAGCUCCUGUUACUGCAACCUAUAGACAAGAAUCCCAACCCGUUCCUCCGCGUUAUAUGGAUCAACCACGGGAUUCACCUGUCGACCUCAGUCACAGUUUAUAUCCCUCUAGGGAAGAUCAAGCCCUGCCUUUGGCUUACAGCAGAGGUCUCCAGGAGGAGUUGAAGCCACCUGCACAAACUUUGGUUGCCCCUACUAGUGGUGAGCCUACUGGGGAUCAAUCCGGAUCUAAGGCUGGGGUUACUUUAACACCAGAGCUCAUAGCCACUCUGGCAACUUUGCUGCCGGCAACUUCCCAACCUGCUGCCCCCGAAACCCACCAGCCUAUUUCAGGCAUUUCGACUGUAGUUUCCACAAAUGCUCAAUCCAUUGGCAUGUUUAGUACAGGAACUCCGUUGCAGGGUUGGAAGCAAGAGCAACAGACAGUCGCUGAACCAGCAAACCAAUCGUUCCAACAAUUUGGCAAUCAGUACAAUCCAGCUGGGCAACUUCCCCCUCCACCUCCCAUGCGUUACCCGCCUGCUUCGAGCACACCCACCUACUCUGGUGGAAUGAUGCAUGGUGGCAUGCAAUUCCAAGGCCCUCCUCCUGUAAGCAUGCCUCAGCAGGCUUUGCUACCGAGUAUGCCUAUGAAUAAUUAUGCUAUGUAUCCUCAGAAUUCGCAAUAUGCUGUUUCUCAACCCACCACACAACAAUAUCAGCCAGAAGCUUCAGUGCCUAACCAAAACUAUGGAGCUGUUCCUGGAGUUGAAGCUCCUGGAUUGCAUGGGUAUCCGGCUUAUCAACAAACUAACUAUGCUGGUGUAACAUCUAAUCAGGCACAUACUGCUAACUUUUCGCAACCUCAAGUUUCCAUGCCAUCAUCAGCUGAUAAGGCAAACAUAGAGCAACCUGGCCAAGCACAGCAACACCAGUCCGCACUUCCUGGAAUCGGUCAGGGUUCAGCAGAUGGGGAGGUCGAUAAGAACCAGCGUUACCAAUCAACACUUCAGUUUGCAGCUAACCUUCUUCUACAGAUACAGCAGCAACAGCAACGACAAUCAGAUGCUCCGGCUGGACAAGGGAGUUGAAACUAGAAGAAAAAUGCCAAUGCCCUCGCAAUCUGUAGGUAAUAUAGCUCUGUCACUUGCUCUCUCUGCUUGAUGCUUGAGUUGAUGAGCUUUAUGCGAUUCAUUGAAAUGCAUCUUUGGGUCCUUUCUUGCUUGCAUCCGAUGAAAAUCUCUGUUUUGUUUUGUCUAUGUGCACGUAUGUAUCUGUUUAUUGUGUUAGAAUUUGCUGCUGUCUUCCUGCUGUUCUGUUUUCUUGUAGGUUGUUUUUCUAAUCCGUUGGUGCUACCUGAAGCUUUUAGUGUGCAUUUUCUAGUAGACACUAUGAAAGCUUUCAACGCUUUUCACUUUGCCUGACAGACAUGAAUCCGUGCUAUUCUGUGCCUUCCUGCAACUUUUGUGCAUAUAUAUAUAAUAUAUAGCUAACGAAUGACAUCUUUUACGCUUAAUUUGGCUGUAUUUGCUCUCUGGGUAUUGCUGCCGAGUUUAUGCUUACCAAACUUUCAUCGGUAUCAUGUGUCUGUCAUCUGUAAAUUCCAUCUUACAUAUGUGUAGAAGCUGGAAAACAGUUUUGUAAAAGUGUCUAUGUUUAGUUGCCAGUGUUUGUGCUGUGAUUAGGUUUUUUUCCCUAACUCUUGUAGAGGUUAAGAAAAUUCUUCAAACACAAAAAUCUUUAUUCA